AGAAAUGUUUCAAAGUAUGACUCGUAUUCAUGGUGUACGUGGUUAUGGCUGUAGCCGUUGGAUAUCAGAAGAAGAAUGGAAUGCUCUUGCACCGGAAGGCACCGUGUCUGGAAUCAUACAUGGACGUAUGCCUGCAGAUGCUGGGGAUGAUGGAUUCUCCAAGCCAGCUCUCAUCUUUUACUGUUUAAACAAGGUUGAUCGUAGCUGAGGCAACACGCCAUACGAUGUUCUUUGGUUCCUUAGUAGAUAUACCGAGAACCCAUCUCCUCCUAUGCCAGAUGGAUCGAACAAUACUGAAAUCAUGAAGAAACUCAAAUCCUGCGCCACUAAUGCAUUCCAUGGUGUAACUGCACAUCAACAAUUCAUUGUAAAUACACCUGAUGAUACUCCACUUGUCGGUAUCACCAUACGCGAACGAGUACCUGUCUAUGAUGUAUAUAUGGCCAAUACCCAACGUGUCGCGUUGGCAGACGAUGCUGCUCAUCCCAUGUCCAUGUUCCGAGGAGAAGGCAGUAAUCACGCUAUUUUAGACGUCGGUGUCUUGGUCAAUGAAAUCAAUAAUGUCGUAUCCAACUCAAAACCGCUGAAAGAAGCCAUCUCCGAUUACUACAAAGAAAUCAUUCCACGCACUGAACAAGCAGUAGAGGCAUCCUCUAGAGCAGCUACAAUAAUGCAUACUAAUCCUGAAGGUAUUCGUCAAAUGAUGGAAGAAAGAGCUGCUCUCGUAAGAAAGGCACUACCUCGCGCCAAAGACCUUCCAAGAGGUUUCAAGUUCUUCCCAAGCAUCAAGAGAUCCAAUUCGACAUCAUAUUUUGAUUGCAUAUUUGAUUCUACAUUGUUGAUUAUACGAGCUAGCUUCAUACACGCAUCAUCAGUCAUAUCCAAGUUGAAAUUCAUGAUUUCCGAUAAUAGUUCAUUGUUCAGUUCAGAAAUAAUGUCUUCGGUAAAAACAUACAUACAUAAUGGACUAUGUUGACCAGGGCAUAAAAGUAGGAUAUUGGAUAGGGCUAAAAGCUCGUGUACGGAUGAUUCGAUAAAGAACAAAUGGCUGCCGGACAUUCGAUUAGCAGCUUGUUGAAAUCUUGUGAAUAAUUCUGCCACAUCCACGUCCUUGAAAAUCAAUGGCGUAAGUGGGGACAUAUUUUCCAUUUCUUCUGCUAAAGGAUCAGCAGCUACUUCAGUCGGGACAGUGUCAGUUUUUGUUUCGGAUUCAGUAUCGGUUGUCCUAAUGGUAUCGUUUGCUAUGGAGCUGAUAGAAUCUGAUGAUAUGGCCAU